UCACACAAACGCAUCAUGUUAAUUUUUUUUUAUAAAUAGCUGCACCUCAGGAGUGGCUUACGCAUUUUACACCCAACUACAACAACGAAGGAUGACACCCGCCGCCGCCGGCCGCCACCAUCUCGCGGGAGGCGAUCGCUCCGUUGACGGUUCGGGUUCCGAGCCGGAACCCGACAUGGAUACCGAAGACGACGACGUUGAGUACGAGGAAAUUGAAGUAGAAGAGGAGGUGGAAGAAGAUGAUGAGGAAGAGGUCGAAGAAAUCGACGAAGAGGUCGAGGAAGAAGAAGAAGAAGAAGUGGACGAAGGAGAAUCGCUUGGUUCACCAAUCGAAAACGAUGUUGCCCAGGAUAUGGCUUCCAACGGGCCAGAAGAGCAUUUGAGAUCUUCUGAUCCUGAAAAAUCUGUAUCAAAUCUACGACCGGAUACCCUUGCUCUGGAAGGUGGUAGUGGCAAAGUUGAAUUCUCAAGUGCAAGUGAGGCAAGACAAAAGGGUGAAUCACGCGUUGAUGUUGAUGAUCCUCAGUAUAAAAAAUAUGGAUUUGGAGAGUCUUCUGGUGAUAAGGAAGGGUUUGUGCCCUUGGUGGAAAGGGGAGCCCCUAAGGAUGAUGAAGCACGUAAUGAUGUUAACUUUUCUCUGCGUGACAGUGGGAUUAUGACUGCUGAGAUGUCCAAAGCCUUGAGCAUUUCUGGUAAAGAAAUGAAUGCUGCAAUCGCAAUCAGAGAGGAAUCAUGCAAUGAGGCUUAUGCUGUUUCUCUUGAGACUGAAACUAAGAAAAUGGUCCCACUGUCUACGGAGGAUAUAAAUCAAGAGCCAACAAGAUUGGUUGUUCCCCAGAUAAGGCCCAGAAGUUUGUCCCCUGUUGCUGAAUUAAACAAUGGAAACAAACGACCAGCUUCCAUAUGUGACUUUUUCUCUAAAGGUUGGUGCAUCAAAGGGAAUUCAUGUAGGUUCCUUCACAUUAAGGAUAAUGGUAAUAUUACCAGCCCAAAACCUGAGGGAGACGUAGCUGCUUUGGCAGAGAAAAGUGAAUUGCAGGCUGGUGGAGGUGUGGGAGAUGGUACUGAAAGAUCACAGUCAACUGAUUUUCCCAAUGCAAUGGCUUCUUCAGUUGCAUAUAGUUCUUCAUUUUCUUUGGAAAGGACCCUAUCAGGGGAUCAUGGAAAAAGCCCUAGGUGGCAUCGCUUUGGAGAAAAUCACAAGAUUUUGUCUCUUCAAAGAGACAACUUAUCUCAUUUGAAUUCCCCUGAGAUGAGUCAGUCACCUAUUAACAAAGAUACUGCUAGGCCUCUCUCGUCUUCUAAGGACGUUGGAAGAGAGAACCUGAAGCAAAAUUGGCCCUCAGAAGAUAUUCCAAUGCAUAGAAAUAGCUUUUUUCCUGAUCCCAGACCUCUGGCUAGAAAUUCAUCCAUACCCUUAGAUGCUUACGCUUCUCUUCCGACUACUGGCAUAGUCUCAUCGCAGAACAUUUCAGGGCUGACAAGGUCGUCCUUUUCUUUCAGUUCUCUGGAUAAAGAUCCACUUGGUGCCUCAAAGCUUCCAGACUUUGUUCGAGAAUAUCGUGCUUCUGGAUCUGCUUCCUUGUUGAGAAGCUCUUCACCGUUCUCUGGUUCUGAAUCAGGAAAUCUCUCACUGACAGAUGUUUCUGGGGAUCCUCUGCGUAGUGCUGGGCAUAGAACAAGAAUAACUACGAAUGAUUGGGAGCCAUCUGUACCUUUUCGACCAUCAUACUUCAUUACUCAACGUCUAUUAUCUUCAGGAAACAUGUACGAUCCUAUUCGUGAUAGCAUUGAGCAACCUAACUUAGGAGAUGGUUUCUCAAAAUUUUCUUCGAUAUCAAAUACAUCCGUCACUAAUACACAACCGAGUUUAGAUAGUGAUCCUGUUUUAAAGAGUACCCUUGGGUCCGAAGUUGGUUUGGAUAAGCAAUCUAUUUUCAAUCAUAGAAAAUUCGGCGGUGAUACUUCUGACAAGAAUUUUCAAGGAAAGGAUUUGUUUACGAAUGGGGGAGAAAAAGCGAAAACUUCUUAUGCUGAACAGAAAAGUGUGAGUACCUUGUCCAAGGAAGACAAGCUCUCGAGUCAUUUCAAGGACAUUACAAAAGAAAGUAAGUUAUUUUCUGAUGAUGAUCCUCGGAAUCAAGAGGAUGGACCUAGACAGAAGAAGGAACUAAACGCAGAUAGGAGUAACAAUGAUAUGACUAUUGAUCUUAAGAUGGACGAGGAGCAGAAGGAAUCUAAAGCUCUGAGAUAUUUCCGUGCUGCUCUUGUUGAUUUUGUGAAAGAAUUGGUGAAACCAAAAUGGCGCGAGGGUCAUUUGAGCAAGGAUGCUCACAGAAUCAUCGUUAAAAGGGCAGUUGAGAAGGUCCUUAGCACUUUGCAACCCCAACAAACACCAAGUACUGAAGAAUCAAUUAAACAGUACCUUUCUGCAUCCGAACAAAAAAUUUCAAAACUUGUUGAGGGAUAUGUUGUCAAGUAUGGAAAAUCUUGAGCUGUCAGGCUGCUCUGUUUUCUUGUACAGCCAUCUAUGCAUUCAACCAAUUUGAAGUCAUGAAAUUUUUCGAGGCUAUCUUCAAAACUGUCAAAAGCUAGGACUGACUUUUGUAAGGGGUUAAGAGUUCUCUGAGGGAUGAUGUUUCAUUCUAUGGAUAAGAUUUGUUUAUUUCUUGUUUUCUGGAAUUGGAGGCAAUAUGAGAACAAUGUUUGCUUUGAUCCAUUUCAAGUUUUGUGGUUGCGAGUCGCUUACAUUGGAAUCUGUUUAGACGAAGUGGAAAUUCGCAAGAGGCUUGAUGUCUGGACCUUGGUUUCCAAUGACCCAUUGUAUCAAUAGUUGCCGCUUUUGUCCUUUCUUGUGCUCGAAAACUCAGACUUCGUUUAUCUUAUUUGCAAGUAUUGCAAGGGCAACCAUUUUUCGUUGCA